AUGUUGGCCUCAUCAUCAACGAUCUCGCGCCUGGACGCGCCACACACGAAACACACAGCGCUCCUUCUCCGUGGAACGCGCGAUGGCGAUCUAGCCGCAACCCUUUCAUCCACCUCUUCCUCGUCCGCCACACCACGCGCCGAGAGAAAAGCGCUCUUCACCUGGUCCGAUCUGCUCGACAUCGUUAGCAGCGGCAACCUCCAGAGUCUCUCACGCCACCCCGAUGAUUUGGCAGAAUACUUUGCCUGGAUGGACAGUGUCAAGUCCUCCUACGGGAGCGUCACGUCUUUUCUGCUGAGGGAACGAUUUACUGCGACGAAACUGCUCGAAGUCGCAUCCUCUUCAAAGGCUUCGCACGGCUCAAUAGCCUCGAGUGAGGACGAGGUGCGAUUUAGAAGCGCCUUCAAGGUGGGCAUCGAGUGUCAGAUCCUUACCAACGACUGGCCGUACAGCGUGCCCUCGACCGUGUCGCAUCAGGUGGUGUGGAGCUACCGACCGAUCCUCCACUCGUCUCUCGUCGCUGAUUCGCCACUAGCGAGCCAGGCUUGGAGUAUCAUCGCGAAGCGCGGGCUGUGCGGCACCCUCACCUCCACCGGGCUCACCAUCCCCAGUCUCGAUCAGCACGCGGCACAUCUACCCGAACUCAAACUCGCAACACUGUCGCAAAUAGAGACGGAGCAGCUGGAAAGAGCGUUAAGAACGGCGUGUAGGGAUCUCACCGAGUUCAUUGCGCAUCACUGGGAUCUGAGGAGAAACGAGGUGGCCUUCUUUGCCAACCCUCCGAGUCUGCAGAGCGUGCCGAGUCUCGCCCACUUUCAUGUUCUGGUGAGGCCGAUCGCUUAG